AUGUCUCAACAUCCUUGUACAAUAUCUGAAUGUCCACGUACAUCGAGAGUAUUAUGUUAUUGUUGUAAAAAUAAUUACUGUAUUGAACAUUUAAAAGAUCACAAUGAUAUAUAUUUAUCUCAAUUAUAUCAAUUAACAAAUGAUAUAAAUAAAUUAUCAGAAUAUUUUCGUGGUCAAUAUCGUCAACAACUUGACCAAUGGCGACAUGAAUCACAUCAAACAAUUGAUUUAUAUUAUGAAAAAAAAUGUCAAGAAUUAGACAAUAAAACUAUUCAAAAUGAAACAAUAAAUCAAAAUCGUCAAGUUAUUGAAUGGAUUAAAUUGAAAAUUAAUCAACUUAUACGUGAACAAGAUACAACUCAAGAACAAAUUGAUUCAUUAAAAGCUGCAACAAAUGCUGUAAAACGUGAAAUUGAACAAAUACCAACAGAAGAUUUUCAAUUAAAUAUUCCACCAUUAAUUCUUGAUGAAAAUUUUAUUCAAAUAGAAAAACGACGUUCUACUUUUAAUUUACAUGCAACAAUAAAAUCAUUGUUUUUAACAAAAAAAAUAAUAACAGAUGAUUCUCUUGUUAUGGCAAAUAAUUCCACAUAUUUCUUAAUUAAUCAACAAUCAAAUUUAUGUUUGUAUGAUAAAAAUUUAAAUAUGAUUAAACAAGUAAUAUGGGAAUAUGGCUGUAUAUGGGAUAUGUGUAUGUCAAAUACACUUUCAAAAUUUAUUCUAGUCGCAGAAAAUGGAGUCUUUACCUUAGAUGUAACAACAAUGAUAAUUGAACAAGUCAAAAGUUUAUCAAAGGAAAAUACAUUCUGGUAUUGUUGUGCAUGUUCAAAUAAAAGUCUAUUUUUAACUACACAACAAUUAAAUACAACAAUAUAUGAAUAUGUUUUAAUACAAAAUAAUUUCUCAUUGAAACGACAACAAAUAUAUUGUUCAAAUAACGAAUAUAUUGAACAUAUGAAGUGUACAAAAGAUUUAUUAGCUUUAAUUAUUUUAAAUGAUUCAACUGGUGAAAGACGUUUAGAUAUGUGUUCAACAUUAACAUUCGAUCAACUUUGGACUAUCUCACUUAGUAUAAAUGAAAAACUUAAUGUUGUAUCAUGUUGUUCAUUAAAUGAGAAAGGUUGGUUAAUUGUUAAUGUUGCUCAAGCACGUCUUAUUCAUGUUAAUAAUCAGGGAUAUAUGAAACAAAGUAUUAUAUAUAAACCAUUACCCCAAUAUGCUAUUCAAUUUGAUGAUGAUACUCUUGCUAUUUUAACUGAAAAUGGUAUCAAUUUACAUAAAAUAGAAUAA